AACGCGAACCUUCGGCGGAGGCUGGGGGCGACGGAGCAGCGGCUUGCGGCUGGCAUUUCGAUCAGGGAACCUGACGCUGCAGCAUAUGCGGGAGCUGGGGCGGCUCCGAAGGCAAGCCAACUCCUCAACGUGCAGAUGGUGGACGCCCGCCAGCUGAGCAAGCCGCGCGCCUUCACCGGGCUGCGGUCGGAAUGGAAGACUUGGGCAUUCGACUUCGAGGCCGACGUCUUCGCGGUCCACCCCUGCCCGGGGAAACUGAUCCACCAAGCGUCGCUGACGGCGGACGUGGGCGCGCCGCAGGGCGAGACGGGCGCGACGCCGAACGCGCAGCUAUCAUACAUUUUGGUUUCACUGGCCUCAGACGUGGCGAAGGUCGACGUCAGGAAGGCUCCGAGGGGCGAUGGCCAGGCGGCAUGGUGGCACCUGGUGCGCGAGUUCGCACCGGAUGAUGCGAACAGGUUCGCGGCCAUGCUGGGCCGCAUCAUCCAUUGCGGUAUCCCAGACCCCGCGAUGGCGAGCCUAUCGGAUUUUGAGCAGAUGACGCGAGAGUACAUGGGCCAGAGCGGCGACGUGUUCUCGGACGACAUGUCGCGGGGGGUGGUCGUGUCUGGCAUCGAGAACGAGACGUUGGCGGACCAACUGGGCCUGCGCGCGCCCGGGCUGGCGACCUGUGAGGAGUUGAAGACGGAGCUGAGGGCGAUCUGCUCGGCGCAGCGCCAUUGGGCAGCGCCCGGCUCGGACGGCGACGGCGCGUUUCACAUGCCGGCGAGCCUCGCGCCGGCCGUGGACGCGACGCGCGCGGCGGCGCCCCCGGCGCAGAUGCAGCUCCGUCAGAGCCCGCGUCGCGGGGCAGCCUCGACGAGCUCAACGGUCCAGACCACGAACAUUAGCGUGCUCGAGGAGCCGCGGGGCGCCCCGAGCACCCCCGAGAAGGAUUUCUGGCAGGUCGGGAUGCUCUACGACCCGAUGCAGUGCGACGCGCUCCCCGUGGCCCUCUGUGAGAUGAUCGAGUGCGACUGGGCGCUGUUCGACGCGGGCUCGGAGCUGGCGACGCGCCCGAUGGAGCUCGCGAGCGCGACGGAGACGCCCCCGCCAAAGACGCCGCCGCUCUGCGAGUCGGCGACCGACGACGAAGCAAUGAGUAUUGGCGCGCGGGUUGUCUCUGCCAAGAUCGACGGCGCGCCGCUGCAGAUCGAGUUCCAGGUGGCGAACGUCCAGCGCGCGAUCGUGGGCUUUGACGCCUUCGCCGAGAACGGCCACGCCCCGAUCCUCGGGAA